AUGGUUUCAAUUGUGUAUCCAUCAGCUCAUUAUGGUUGUUGCAUGAGGCACCUUGGAGAAAAUAUUCGAAAUAAUUUUCACAAUGCAAAGGUCGUAUCUCAUUUUUAUAAUGCAGCAAAAGCGUACAAUAAAGUUGAGCUCUAUGACCAUUUCAAUCAGAUAAGGGAUAUGGUACCCAAGGCAGCCGAACAUCUCGAAUCAGUUGGAUUUCAUAGAUGGAGCAGGGUAUUUUGUCCGAGAAAUAGGUAUAAUAUUAUGACCUCAAACAUUGCUGAAUCAGUGAAUGCAUUGUUUGAAGUUGAAAGAGAAUUUCCUAUCGUCACUUUAUUUGAUGAAAUAAAUAUGAGAUUUGCAAAAUUAUUUCACGAGAGGCGUAUGGAGUUGGUCAACUCACCAAACAUACUUGUUCCUUCAAUGGAAAAACAAAUAUCAAAGAAUAUCAAUUUGGGAAAUAAGUUAUUGGCCCAUCAAAUAGCCAAUUACAAGUUUAGUCUCAACGGUCAUGGUGAUGUUGCCACGGUCGAUCUUCAAAGAAGAACGUGCACAUCUAAAGUUUUUGACUUGGACAAAAUACCUUGUCCACAUGCUAUGGCAGCACUUCGAUCCCAAUAUGGUGCAUAUUUUGGAAAUCAGAUCUAUGAGUACUCGUCUUCAUAUUAUUCGGUGGAAAAAUACAUAAUUGCAUAUUGUGAGAAAAUUAAUCCGGUGCCUCCUGAAGAUUCUUGA